AUGCGCCCGGGGCUCUCCCGACGCCUGCUCCUGGCCGCCCUGCUGCUUCUGCUCGUCUGGACCCUCUUUGGGCCCUCAGGCCUCGGGGAGGAGCUGCUGAGCCUCUCCCUGGCCUCCUUGCUCCCGGGCCCGGCCUCGCCCGGGCCGCCUUUGGCCCUGCCCCGCCUCCUGAUCCCCAACGAGGCGGCGUGCGGCGCGCCCGGCCCGCCUCCCUUCCUGCUGAUCCUGGUGUGCACCGCCCCGGACAACCUGAACCAGAGAAACGCCAUUCGGGCCUCCUGGGGCCGCCUGCGCGAGGCCCGCGGGCUCAGGGUGCAGACUGUUUUCCUGUUGGGAGAGCCCAGCUGGGGGUCGCGCGGGAGCGACCUGGUGUGGGAGUCGGCGGCCCACGGGGACAUCAUGCAGGCGGCCUUCCAGGACUCCUACCGCAACCUCACCCUCAAGACCCUCAGCGGGCUGAGCUGGGCAGACAGACACUGCCCCACGGCCCGCUACAUCCUCAAGACUGACGAUGAUGUGUUCGUCAACGUCCCCGAACUGGUGUCGGAGCUGGUCAGGCGGGGAGGCCGCUGGGAGCAAUGGGAGACGGGCGUGGGGCCCCCGAGAAAGGCGAAGCCUGGAGAUGAGAAGUGGGACGGAAGCCCCACCUUGGGGAGCCAGCCAGUGCCUCUCUUGUACUUAGGUCGCGUGCAUUGGCGGGUGCACCCCUCUCGGUCACCGGGGGGCAAGCACCAGGUAUCAGAGGAGCAGUGGCCUCCCUCCUGGGGCCCCUUUCCCCCCUACGCCUCAGGCACGGGCUAUGUGCUAUCAGCUUCCGCUGUGCAGCUCAUCCUGAAGGUGGCCAGCCGGGCACCCCCUCUACCCCUGGAGGAUGUCUUUGUGGGGUUAAGUGCCCGCCGAGGAGGCCUUGCCCCAACCCACUGUGUCAAGCUGGCUGGUGCCACCCACUACCCCCUGGAUCGGUGCUGCUAUGGGAAAUUCCUGCUGACAUCCCACAAGUUGGACCCCUGGGAGAUGCAGGAAGCCUGGAAGCUAGUGGGUGGCUCUGAUGGGGAAAGAACUGUACCCUUCUGCUCCUGGCUCCAAGGUGUCCUGGGCAUCCUCCGAUGCCGGUUAAUAGCCUGGCUUCACAGCUGA